AUGCCGUCAAUUUCAACCAUUGCCCAGGCUGAGGAGGUUCAGAAGGCCUCUCCCGAACAAGCUAUUCCACUGUUCCAGAGCAUUCUUGCUUCCACAGGAACAAAAGAUAGUACCAAGAAUGAUCAAGAGACAGCGCUUUUGAAGCUCGCACAAUGCUACCGUGAUCUGCAUCGUCCCAAUGAACUGGCGGCCUUGAUCCACGACUCUCGCACAUUGAUUACAACGAUUCCAAAGGCCAAGACCGCAAAGAUUAUUCGCACAUUGAUCGACUAUUUUUCAGAGAUCCCCAACACUCUUCCACUGCAGAUUGAUGUCUGCAAACAGACGAUUCAAUGGACGAUUCAGGAGAAGCGGAUUUUUCUGAAGCAGGCAUUGGAGACGCGAUUGAUUGCACUUUAUCUUGACAACAAGAUGUACAGCGAUGCUUUGGCAUUAGUGGCAACAUUGCUCAAAGAGCUGAAGAAACUGGACGACAAGAUGAUGCUGGUCGAAGUCCAGUUGCUGGAAAGCCGCGUCUGCCAUGCCCUACGCAACUUGCCCAAGGCUAAGGCUGCACUUACAUCUGCAAGAACGUCCGCCAACUCGAUCUACUGUCCACCUCUAUUACAAGCCGCAUUGGAUAUGCAGUCUGGGAUUCUACACGCUGAAGAGAAGGACUACAAGACAGCAUUUUCUUACUUUUAUGAAACUCUCGAGGGCUACUCGUCGUUGGAGGAUCCCAGAGCUAUUUCUGCACUUAAAUACAUGCUUCUCUGCAAAGUCAUGCUGAACUUGUCGGAAGAUAUCCAGUCGAUACUGAACAGCAAGGUCGCUCUAAAGUAUCGAGGCGUGGGAGUGGAUGCAAUGAAGGCCAUUGCAACUGCCCAUCAGAACCGUUCGCUUCAGGAGUUUGAGCAGGCAUUGGCGACCUACCGCGAAGAGCUUGACAAUGACCCCAUCAUCAGGAAUCAUCUGGCUUCACUGUAUGACAAACUGUUGGAGCAGAACUUGGUACGUGUUAUCGAGCCGUUCUCGAGGGUCGAGAUUUCGCACAUUGCAGAAAUUAUCAAGUUGCCAGCACAGCAGGUGGAGAUCAAGUUGUCGCAGAUGAUUCUAGACAAGUCGUUCCUUGGAGUCCUGGACCAGGGGGCAGGAUGUCUGGUGGUUUUUGAAGAGAUACCCGUGGACAAGACAUACGAGGGCGCAUUGGACACGAUGAAGAACAUGGCUAAUGUGGUAGAGAGCCUUUAUGAAAAGGCCUCCAAGCUAACAUAG